AUGCUGCUCCCCACCAUCGCAUUAUCUCUACCCUCAGAAAUAUGGCUCCAGGUUGCCCAGCAUCUUCCACCGACAGAGGUCGGUAACAUGUACCCGCUCAACAGCCAGUGGUUCGAGAUUGCCAUGAAUGCGCGGUACCAACACACCAGCUUUGCCUUCCUUGGACGGCCAAUGCUCAGAAUUUUAACUCGACUACGUGACCCGGCGGUAGCUCAAAGAGUCAGAACACUACACAUCCAUCCUUAUUUCGUGAAAGAAGUCGAGGAACAGACGGGAAUCCUUAUAACAACCCAUUGUCGACGCAAAUUCAAGAUAGGGGGCUUUCUACGUCUCGGACGCUGCGCUCGUACUCCACUGAGCAUACAAGAACUUGUUCCGAUGAUGGUGGAAGUCGUUUCUGGUCUACCCAACCUCACUGCAUUCAACAUCGCCUGGAAUGGCCUUGAAACUAUCCACGACCUGCCAGUGCCAAUCCUUGUCGCCGCAUUUCGCCCUUCUCUUCUCCGUUUGACGGUGGAAAUAUCGCUGGAGAAGACCGUGAAAUUACUGGCGCAUACCGCUCGGCUGGAGAAUCUUGAAGAACUCGAUUUGUUCAUUCGGCUCGAUCAUCUCUAUUCAGACGAGGCUUAUAAGCAGAUCCUCGUCAGUCACGUUGCACCUGCUAUAAAUCGACUGCACAAGACCCUCCAAAAACUCUCAUUACGAUUAUGCGAGCCGAUGGAUGUUGCUCCCUUGUUUGAUUCUUUACAAGUCCUUCCCUUUCUGGAGUCAGUGGCUAUCUCGAUUCCACUUGCGCGACCCCACCUUGGCGAUCCGUCGGGUCUAGGAAAUUUCUUUGAACGCCAGCGCAACACGCUGAGAAAUGUCGCCCUCCGCUCUUCAGACCUCAGUGGAGAUGGGCUUGUUUCACAUGACGGCCCUCUCUCCGAGUGGGUCAAUGAUGCACUCUCAUUUGUUGCGGGUCCCACUCAUUUACGCUCGCUGGACAUAAGCCUAACGUUGUUCCCUUUGGAAGCAGCAGCGCUUUGUCUGGGUCUAUUCGCACGCUCCCUAACAUCCCUUACCCUCACUGGUCGACAGCUAACUUAUGAUUCUGUUGACGAGCUUCUCGGUGCCGUUCGACGCGGCAGAGAACUGCAGAAACUCCGUCUUGGGACUGUCACACUUUCCCCAGAACUGAUCGAUCUUAUCGCGGAGAAACUCCCUGCUCUCGAGCGAUUGGACCUGACGAUUCACGAAGUUGUUGGCUCUGAAGGUGAACUGCUAUAUCUCGAGCACAAAGGCGACCAGAUUCAAAGCUUUCUUUCGGAGAUGGAACAGCGUAGAUACCCGGAAUGGAGCUUACAUAAACUGGCACUAUCGUGGACCUCGUUUCCCUUUCAAGUUCCCUACGCUUCAAUUUUCGCGGAGUGUAUACCUUCCUUGCUAAGAGUUUGA